CGUAAUCAGCCUUGUUACACAAACCGUCAAGAGUGUUCAAGCCAUUCAAAACUAUAAUGUUCAGCAGUGCGUAUUGCACUGCUACAGAUCCAAGAUCUCUUCACUCGGGAUAAGCUGUCAGGAGUAGCUUCUAAAGACGACUUCGCAAUGUACGCUCUCGAAGAAUAUGAACAAGUGAUAGGUGCUUGCUCGACUGCAUUUGCCGUACUGAAUCAGCGUCUGGAAUCGUUAAAUUUGGAGAGCCUUGAUAAGCACAAUGGCAGCAGUUUCAAAGCGAAGCUCAACGCAGUCUGGAAUGAUGAUGAAGUGGGAAUGCUACGGCAGAAUAUUCGAGGGCAAGCGAUUGCAAUCACUCUUUUGCUUUCCACAUUUCAAGCGGACACUUCGGCAAAGACUUAUCAGCUGCUCAGGGAGAGUAAGAAUCAGGCUAUUUUCCAAACAGUUUCUGAUGAUGCGCGGACUCUACUUUCUAAGUCCUCCAGAGCAAGAACAUUCACUCAGAGGACUGUGGACCAUGAUGUGGAGAGUUCCGAGUCCGUGCUUGGGAACGACGUAUUUGACUUUGAUGACUUGAUCAUCAACUCUACCGCGUAUCGACGGGCGUAUCAUCGAUAUAAUUCUCACGCUGCCAAAGAAAAGCAACCGGUAGACACCAAACUCGAAGAAUCGAGAGAAGAGUAUGAAAGCCGAGCCUGUACCCAGCUUGAAUACCACACUUGACUUCUUAGUCUUCCAUGAUAAAGACUAUUUCCAUCAUGAAUGUAAACGCCUUUGUCGAGAAGUUCAAAACUGGAUUCUUCAUUUCUCAGAGUAUUCCGACAAUCGAGCAUGUCGUCUUACGAGUGAUAUAGAUAAUGCAAAGAUAGUCGUUCGACUGAACAAUACAAUGCUAGACGGCUCCGAUGUCAACACCUACCUUGCGGACAGGGUCAAGAGGCGAG